CUUUAUUUCUUAGUUUAUUUGUUUCUUUUUAUUCUUUCACACUUUUCCAUCGUUCCCUUUUCUUUCUUUCUUUUUUGUGUUUCACUUAACCAGAGACACCUUUUACCCAUGAUGCCUUGCACAGUCGAGUGAAAGUCACUCCAUCAGUCAUUAAUAAAGUUUAUUCGACUGGUUCCACUGCAAAGUGUAAACCUCAAGGGACUGUAGUACAAGUAGUUUUUAAACUUAUUUAAGAUUCUAAUCAGUUAUCACCAAUGAACAGUGUGUGUUUUCCUCAUCAGAAAUCACACUAGUGCGCAGAGUUACAACCUGACUGCUGUAGAGUUUUAAAUCUGAGAUGUUUUAUUAUUUUAUUCUUCUUUAAGUUUGUUAUAAAAAUGUAAAAGGAGGGAAAGCAUUAGCAGCAGUGGAACAGUGUUAGUGUGUGUUAUCAGGAACUCGUGUAUCUGUGGGGAACCAUGUCACGGAGUGAUGUCACGGAGUGAUGUCACGGAGUGAUGUCACGGAGUGAUGUCACGGAGUGAUGCUUUUUGAUGCCAUGGAGAUGCUCUGAUUCUGAUUCUAUACCAAAACAUGUUCUCUCUCUCUCUCUCACACACACACACACACACACACACUACUGCGUGUUUAUAAGUUUGCAUAAAUGAAAGAAGAUAAAAGGACGAUCAGUAAUUUAUCAUUUUAAUUGAUCAGAGAUGGAGGCUCUGGAGAAGGAAAGAGAUGAAAUGAAGGGAACAUUUCAGGUUGAUAAAGACAGUUUGGUGCUCCAGCUUGAGGAAGAGAGAAGAAACAUGGAGAAGGAGAAAGAGAGAUUCGAGCUCCAGCUGAGAGACAGUGACGCCAGAGAAGCUCAGAUGAGAGAAGAGAUGGAGGCUCUGGAGAAGGAAAUGGAUGAAAUGAGGAGAACAUUUCAGGCUGAUAAAGACAGUUUGGUGCUCCAGCUUGAGGAAGAGAGAAGAAACAUGGAGAAGGAGAAAGAGCGAUGGGACAAAAUGGAGAGCAGGCAGCAGAUAGUUAAAGGUGGCUGGAAAAAACAUUGUGAUGUAUUGGUGCAAAUGAUUGUUGAAAAGGAAGAAAUGCUGGAGGAGAUAACAGUAGAGGUGGAAGCCCUGAAAGGAACCGUGAGAGAACUUAAGCAAAAAGCAAGGGAUAUGGAUCCUGAGAUGAUGGAGGAGCUCAAGGAAGUCGAUAAAAGGCUGAGGAACUUUGGUCCAAAGUGGUUCCAGAAGCUCAGGAAGAAGAAGAACAUGAAGAAAAGACAGUACCUGGAGAAAGAGAUAGAGAGACUUGAGCUCCAGCUGAGAGACAGCAAAGCCAGAGAAGCUCGGUCCACAGAAGUGAUUAAUAUUAUGAUGAAGGAAAGGCUUAAGAUGAAGAGACAGUUAGCGAUUCAUGGCUUGUUGACAGACAUAUUUCAGAGAAGGUCUAAAAGGGAAAAUGACGAACAGCAAGAGAGAUUGGAUCUCGAGCUGAGAGAGAGCAUGGCCAGAGAAGAUAGCACAACGGACAUGAUUAAUGCUCUGGUGAAGGAAAGGGUUGAAAUGAUGAAAAGGUUUCAGGAAGAAAAGGAGAGCAUGGCACUCAAGCUUAAGACCGAGAGGGAGAACAUGGAGAAGGAGAAAAAUCAAGAGAGAUUCAAGCUCCUGAAGAGAGAGAGAGAGGCCAUGGAAGAGUUCAUGGUGGAAAAAAUGAAUGAACUGAGGACACAGUUUCAGGCUGAAAAGGGAAGGAUGGAGAAGAAGAUUCUGGAGAAGGACAAAAUGCUGGAGAUAACAGAAGAGAUGGAGGACUCUGCAGAAAUGAAGAAGAAAGCAGGAAUGAAGGAGGGACUCAAUAAAGUCGAUAAGAAGCUGAAACACUCUCCCCUACAGUGUUUCCAGAAACUCUGGAAGAAGAAGAACAUCAAGGGGAGACAGCAGAUGGAGAAAGAGCAAAAGAGACUCGAGCUCCAGUGGAGAGAGAGCGACGCCAGAGAAGUUCAGAUGAGAGAAGAGGCUCUGGUGGAGGAAAGAUUUCAGCCUCAAAAGGAGAAGAUGGUGCUGGAGUUUGAGAAGGAGAGGGAGAACAUGGAGAAGGACCUGCAUCAGGUUCUGGUGACAGUGGUAAUCUGAAAAAACGAGGAAGGUGAGGAGAGAAAAAUCUGUGAAACGCCAAAAGAUUUACACUUUGGGUCGAGUUCAGAGUCGCUUCAGUUCAGAAGAUACGCGAGUAGAUGCAGUAGAUUUAGACUCGUGCUGUUCAGGUGUUUAACUGGAUUUUCUGAGCAGAACAUUUAUUGAAGCGACCCGUGUAUAGCUCACAGCUCUGUGGUGUUUAAAUGACUCCAUUAACAGAGAGCGUGAGGACGGCUGACCUGAGCACACAGCAGCAUCAGCAAGUUCGGCCAUCAAGAGAGAGAGAGUGGAAUGAUGUGGACUUGCGUACACACACGAAGGUACUCACGGGCUGCGAGUAGUGAUACGCAGGAAUGACCUGCAAAAGCAGGUAAGGCAACUUUAAUGAAAGUCUGUGCAACAAAUCCAAAGACGUGAGGCAGAGGCAAAAAAGAAGAAACAGAUACAAGUCAGACGAUCCACAAACAGGAUAUCAGAAAGAGACAAAAUACGUAAUCAGUAAACAAAGUCAAAGUCUGAACCAGUAUAAAUCAGGUGGCAAAAUACAAUGUCUGGGUAAUGUCAGAGACACCAAGGAAUUGAGUGUUUACUUCACAAAGAGCUGGCGGUACAACGCCUCUAUAUGAAGAGGUGUGUGUGUGUAAUUGGGAUCAGGUUUGCCUGAUCAGAAGUCCGAUGAUUGCGAAUGAGGUAGUGUACCUUGGCUUGGGCACAGGCAGUACAGGAAGAUACGCCUCGGUGCAUGUCGGAAAACAUGUCCAGCCACCAUCUGUUUUUUUUGUUGUCAUUUAAAUUGUAUCUACACAUCGCCUGUCAUUUUUUGUUUGUCGUUUAAAACGUAUCUCCAUGUCAUCUGUUGGUCUACACUUCGAUCAUGAGUGAAUUUAAUAUGAUUGCUCACUCUCAACCAAUCCCCUUUCUUCUGGAAACCUCAAUCAUAUUUAAAGUUAUUAUAGAAAUUACUGUAUUUUUCUUUCAUUACUAAAUAAAAAAAACUUUUAAAUAAAUAAAUAAAUAAAUAAAAUAAAUGGUGAGGGUGCACGGUGGCUUAGUGGUUAGCACGUUCGCCUCACACCUCCAGGGUCCGCCGGGGCCAUGUGUCCCCGUGCUGCAGGGGUUUCCUCCGGGUACUCCGGUUUCCUCCCCCAGUCCAAACACAUGCAUGGUAGGUUGAUUGGCGUGUCCAAAGUGUCCGUAGUGUAUGAAUGGGUGUGUGAGUGUGUGUGUGUGUUUGUGCCCUGUGAUGGACUGGCACCAUGUCCAGGGUGUACCCCGCCUUGUGCCCCAUGCUCCCUGUGAUUGG